AGGCCUGAAACCUAAGACUCAAGGUUACGUCAGAAGUGUUAUUUCAGAGCAGGAGACAAGGGGACUGAGUCACUAAGUUAUGCGGAGCAAUAUUUACCAAUUAAGUAACGUGACCCGUCAGCCAGGAAUCCUAGACAUGUAUGGAAGUUUAAAGACGAGUAUAAAAAGAGAUCCAAGGGAUUAAGACCCACAACAAGUCUGGGAGCCAACACCGUACGCAGAUCAGAACAAUGCUGUGCCUUCAUCUGCAGAGGAACCACGAUCCAUGGAGGUCCUACGUAUGGCCAAAUUCUCUGGACCUCUUUACAAGGAUGGAGCAGGACAUAAUCAGAACCAUCGAAGAGACAAAAGCCAGCAUGAAACGUAUGGAGCUGCUCCACCACCAGUUCAUGAAGGACAUGGUCCUUGACGACAAGAGCCUGACACCACUGAUGCCUCCUGGUGACGUCAAGACCUGCGACGAUGGUUUUAAGCUUUCCUUGGGAGUCCAGGACUUCUCCCCCCAUGAGAUCACGGUUAAGUUGUAUGGAAGGAAACUUCUUGUGACCGGAGCCAAGGAAACCAAAAACGAUGACGGGAAAGGUUCCUAUUCCUACAAGUGUCAGAUCUUCAGGAAGGAGGCAGAUCUUCCCCGGGAUGUACGAGCAGAUGACAUGAGCUGCGUCUUAACCAGUAAUGGUCAACUAAAUAUAGAGGCUCCAUGGCAGACCGCGUCAGCUCUGACCGAGAGGAACGUGCCAAUCCUACUUACAUCCGUACAUGCCACAGACCGGAAGCCAAGGGAGGACAAUAGGGUAAAACCGAACCAAGACUCUAAGCCUUAACUGGUGUCUUCCAGAAGUCACUUGUUGUUGUUUUUGUUUUAUAUUCUCAGAGAUGUAUUUUAUUGGUAUCGCAAAUGAUCGAAGGCAGAGACGUACGUGUACAAUAUAUUUAUUAUUUAUUAUUCUUACAUUAUUUAAUUUUCUUAUAUCAUUUCAUAUAUUAAUAGCUCAGUGAUUGUUUACGACUUUUAGUCGUUGAUGUCAUUUCCUUUUAACUUUGUUUGAUAUAUUGAGUAUUUCUAUAUUUUUUUUUAAAUAAAUGAUAACAAAAUUGUUUAGAUUUUUGUCAUGUUAUAUAAUUACUUCAUUACAUUUCAAUACAUUGAGCUAAGGGGUCGUUCACGUUGCCGUCGGGCUCGGUUAUACGGAGCUCCGUCAGCAAGUCCAUUGGAAUGACAGGAUAUUAGCAGAGAAAAUAAUAGUGUAUGCACUAAACAGGGGAAUGUCUCUUACCAUGACCUCCACCAAUGGAUGGGGGGUCCCAGGUCCGUUCAAUUCUAUCUAUUGACACCAGAUUAUACCCUAUAUAACUAUGGGCAACACAUUAUAUAGUUAAAAAUAAGGCUUCUCACCAGGUCCCGAUGUCCUUCUUGGAGUCCUCUAAAGUGGGGAAGACUAAAGGGUUACUUCACCCCUAGACGUUGGCUGUCUGGGCAUACUGAGAGUUGAAGUUUUGUAACUUCUGGAGGGGCCACAGUUUGAGACCACUGCUUUAGGGAGUUGGCCGAACUUAAUGAAAUCAGUUGUUCCCGACAACUUCUGUCUUAAAGGGGUACUCCGGUGUAAAAUAUAUAUAUUUUUUAAAAUCAACUGGUGCCGGAAAGUUAAACAGAUUU